GCGCUAAAGUCAAUCGAAACAUUGCGCAGCUCAGCAACGCAGUUCCGCGUAAACUGUUGGGCAAUGUGCAGGAACCCCGCUUCCGCGAGCCUUGAAAUACAAAGCUAUUCUUAGAAACUGAUUCCUAGAACUUCCCUCGGUUUGCAAAUCUGGAUUUACAAAUUGAAGCGUUUUCUCGCCUCUUUAUUAUUCUACAGAAGGCAUUCAAGGAUAGAAGGUCUCUGUGGCAGUUAUCAUAUUUUGAGUGUUUUUGUUGAAGCAAUGUUGUCUCAGUUGCUAUUGUUGCAAUGAGAACCUUUUUUUCCAAAAAGAAAGAAAACUUCUCGGUGUACAUUUCAACGUGUAGGACUAUAUGUCGACUUUGCUGACAUGACGUAAAUUGGUGACUAUUUCAAGUUAGAUGCCCUACUUUUUGGAUUCAAAUUUGAUUACACUAAAUGGGAUUCUAUUCGUUAUGAUUGUGUGUGUUCAAAGGGCUAUCUUCCCAGUGGCACCCAAAAAGAUGGUUGCCAGGGGGAUGGCCAUGAGGGAAUCAUGUUACCACCACCCAAUCUCCACACUUUGGGACCCCGCAGAAGACUUACAUUUACAUUUUACAUGUAGUCAUUUAGCAGACGCUCUUAUCCAGAGCGACUUACAGUAAGUACAGGGACAUUCUCCCGAGGCAAGUAGGGUGAAGUGCCUUGCCCAAGGACACAACGUCAGUUGGCAUGACCGGGAAUCGAACUGGCACCCUUCGGAUUACUAGCCCGACUCCCACUUUCCCGACUCCCACUCAACCAACUGACUCCCACUUGCGUUGCAUAACCUCCACCUUCCAGUACCUUCAUAUUUCAGGUUGGUACUGGGGCUCCAUGUCUGUCAGCGAGGCUCGGGAUGCUCUCGAGAAGGUGUCCGUGGGGACCUUCCUGGUGCGUGACAGCAGCCACCCUCUCUACAUGCUCACCCUGUCAGUCAAGACGGACUGCGGCCCCACCAACGUGCGAGUCGAGUACAGCCGCGGCCGCUUCAGACUGGACUCCAGUUCCCCGGGAAUACCUCACCUGAAGUCUUUCCCAGACAUCCUGAGCCUGAUACAACACUACGUGGGCUCCUGUCAGAAAGAGACAGGCCAGAAAGCUGAACCCAAGGAGAACUCUCUACCCAAAGCCAAACUACCGCCACCCCAGCCCACAACUAUGGACAGCCUAGUGUUACUAAUGCUGAAACACCCCCUGCACAGGCCCCAGGCAUUCCCUUCCUUGCAGCACCUCACACGCCUGGCUAUCAACCGGACCACAGACUGCCCUGCUCAGCUUCCUCUUCCAUGCCCACUGGUUUGUUAUCUACAGGAAUACCCAUUCGGGUUAUGAAGACCAGUGUAUGAAGGCCAGUGUAAGACUGAGCCAUUUCUAAAGGGCUGGGCCAUAAUCAGCCGAGAAGUUCUCACUAGAUGGGAGCAUAGGUUGUCGUCUGAUGGAAACUACCUCUGAAUCACCACAAAAUGUUCACAAUUGUGGCAUUUGCUGGUUAGCCAGUGGUGCUCACGAUGAGUUGAGAUUCCUUUUUUUCUCACAUACCCAUGAACUUUAACUUAAAUAAUAACACCUUUUAUAACCAUUUGUACUGUUCUGAAAAACAUGUAUCAUACACAUGUAGUCUGUUGUUAUGAAUAAAUGUCUUGUAAACAAUUACAA